GGGUGAUAUUCGGUCAUAUAAAAGCUCGAUGUUGAGAGAGAAACGGCAAGAAGUAAGCUCGGUCGCGGGAAUUUUCUGUCAAGUAUUCACGGCUGCACUGCUGAUCAGUAUACUCGUAACUGGCUGUUUUCUGGUGGUCAAUAAUCGGUGGGGGUUCAAUCGUGAUGUUAUAACCGAAACACGAUUAAACACGUGGAACCCUGAAGGACCUUACACGUUGAGCAAAUGUCAUCUGAGAGCACCGGCUAGCAAUGGUUACUCCUUUAUUUGUGGGGAAUGCUCAUCGGAUGUGCGAGUAGAUAUACACAGAUCACGUCAUAAGGAAGAUGUACAGACCCAAUUAAUCAAUGAGUAUACGCUUCUGCACAGGAUGACUGGAGACCAAGUCUCUUUCUUACCUGCAAACAUCAAUAAUAUGAACGGGUUUAGGUCGUAUCGAACGCCAAAAGAUGACCAAAACACAUACGAAAUCUUGCCGGCUCCAGAAAAAGGAAGCAACUGGGUACAGGUCAAGGUCAAGACGAUAAAGGGCCAGAGUAUUUGCAAACGAUUCGCUCAGAGACAUAACUAGCGGCAUCCACAAAUCUUUCCAAGAAUGUACGAGCACUCGCUAGUAGUCUAUCCUCGGAGCGUCCGGAAUUGAACGGUGUGUUCAAAUCGAGCGGCAUCAUAUCAAGCCGCCCCAUGUGAUCUCAGCUGUUGUACAGUGGGAUCUAGAAGCACUGCGUAAUCGUAUAAGAAGUGCUUAACUAAUUCAGUUUUCGAAGUCGUCGGCAUACGCUGCACAUGCAGUGUUCUACAGAAACGCUGCGGAUCGUGUAUCGGGGUUCAUUUAAGAGGGCAAAACAUCAUGAAUUCACGGUGUUACAAAUACCGCAGCCGAAAACCGACUGUUUUAUAUACAGCUCAGAGAUAAAUUUGAUUGGUUUUUUAAAAGUGAAUUAAAAGGCAGAGGGGUAUUUUCUCUAAAAUAGAGUCUGAAGUCUAAUAAAACUCUCUUGAGUCCGGCAAGAAAAUAUAAAGAAAU